UGGAGGAGGACGCCCUACCAGACGAGAAGGCUGGCACGGGAGAUCCCGUAGAGCAGGCACUGCUAAAGCUGACGGAGAUCGUCGGUACUUUGGCAAAAGACAAGAGGCCGCGAGACCUCGAUGCCAUGCUCGACGGCUUAGAUCCAGAGGUAGGAGAGGCUUCGAGCUCUGGGUCAGGCAAAGGCAAAGCUGCAGUUUACAAAAAGCUGCAGAGCAGUUUGACCGAGAAUCCAGCAGUGAUCUACCAGACCAUCGAAGCUCAGUUGGAGAAGGACUUCAACCUGAUGCGAGCGGCUCCAGGAGCCACGAUGCAGCAGACAUCAGCCAGAGCCUGGUUGGAGCAUCGCCCGCGGCUCGGGUAUUACCCGACCACCAUUCGCUAUGCUUGGGCGCUGACGGGCAUUUGGGACGCGCUCCGCAGUGGGGCCGUCAAAGAAGCCAGAGCCCGCUGCGCGCUGGCUGUGGCGGCGUGCGAUCAGUCUUCCAUCGAUCAAGGCAGCUGGCUUCUCAGCCAAGAGGUCCUGUUGGAGCAGCCUGCUCCUCUUCAGUCUUUUCAGGGCCGCAGGAGCCCGGAACCUUGGGAGCAGAGCGGGUCGAAGCUUCUGGACGAACGCUGGUUGGAAGUCUUCAUGUGGAGGCUGAAGAGCAAGGACAGCUAUCUGGAAUCCAGAAAGCGCCUGAAUCAGACUGGAGGAAAAGGCAAGACCGAUGCGGGAGGAGGACCAUCCGUGAAGGACGCCACUAUGACGGCCGAUGCUGGCGGCCGAAAAGUGCCCGGAGCAGGCGCUACCAGCGUUUUGGGCUAUGAACUAUGGAAUGGCCUUUUUACCGCGCUUUCUCGAGGGAGAUCGCGCCUAAAACUUGCUUGGUUCCACGCCAGGGCAUCCCGUGCUCAGACUCGGGCACCACCUGGGGCACUGUGGCCUUUGCCGGUCCCCUUUCCUGAGCUCCAUAGAAAAGGAGCAAACCGUGGCCAGAAGGAUGCCAGUAGAAAGCUUGGCUUGAACUACUGUGUCAUCGUGCUCAACUACUUGCAUGGCUCCGAACGUCACUGGAAGUCAGUGAUUCCUCCGCUUGGCACACCGCUGAAUGGUUCCCAGUGGGAUUUAGUGCAGAGGCUGAGGAGACAGGUAGAUGUUUGGAAUGCAGAAGCAGUUGUGACUAGCGCGGAAAUGGGCAGAUCCGCGACAAAAGUUGAAAGCCUUGAGGAUGUGCUGAACCAGCUGCAGGCAGAAGCUGAGCUCGUGCACUCUGGGCUCAAGAGCUAUGGCAGUAAAGCAGAGGAGAGACUGAGGACUGAUUGGGGCAUGAAGGGGGCACCGGGAAGCGUUGUUGGUAAACUAGAUGUUGCACCAGCUCAUCCUGCAAAAGCUCUUGAACCUGAUCGGCUGCAGUUUUGGGGGGAACCUUCUUUUGAUCCGCGACCCUUUAUGGAUCCGGCCAACGUCUCAAUGUUUGAGUUCCCCUUGCAGCAUGCCAUCGACCCUGCUGAGCUGCCAGAGCGUCCUCCAAGAGUCAGGGUAAGGUGCCCGCCAACUCAGAGGUUAGCCUUCUUACGGAAGUUAGACAGCUGCAAGCGUUUAGCCCUCAGGCCUACCCGGACUAUCCGGGAAGGGUUUCAGAAUGGUGUUUUUGCCAUUCCCAAAGAUGAGCAGCGGGAUCUUAUGGUUUUAGAUGCACGGCCCCCAAAUGCACUGGAGCAGUCAGAGCAGCGUUGGAUCAAAUCUCUUGCUGGUCUUCACCAAUUGCAGCAUUUCUUUUUGCAGGAGGACGAGUGUUUGUACUUGUUUGCUGAAGACUUGCGUGAGUUUUACCAUGCCUUUGUGAUUUCCGAAGAGAGGAUCCUUCGAAAUGCCUUAAAGAUGAGCUUCAGACCAUGGGAGCUGAAAGCAUUAGAAUUGCUGCGAGAGAAGAGUGUCACUCCUUGUCUCAAGACCAUGGCGAUGGGCGACACCAAUGCCGUUGCAUUUGGCCAAGCCUCGCAUCUGGGGGUUCUCCUUCAAAGUGGUGCUUUAGAGUUGGACCAUUUCAUUACGUUGCUGGGUAGACCACCAAGACAAAGGUGGCUGGCUGGGCUCAUGAUCGAUGAUUUAGUCCUUCUAGAAGCCAGGCCUGACCAGGCGACUGAGGAGACAGAAGCUGGGGCGGCGCAGGCUGAGCUAGACUGCAGCCAGCGAAUCCGCCAAGUGCGCGAGCAGUAUGAGAAAGUGAGACUUCCGAGACACUCUGGCAAGGCUGUUUUCAAUGAGACGAAAGGCAGUUUUUGGGGAGUACAGAUGGAUGGUGUUGCUGGUGAUUUGCGCCCAAAUUUGAAGCGCAGUAUUCCCUUGAGUCACAUCAUUCUGCGAGUCUUGAAUCUAGGCUGCUGCACUGUCGCUCUUCUAGAAGUGAUAGCUGGUUCCUUGGUUUCAAUUUUCUCUUUGCGGAGGCGUUUCAUGAGCGUGUUGCAGGAGAUUUAUGAGGCACAGAAGAAUCGGCAGAGAAACGAAAUUGUUCGUUUGUCACCAGAACUGCAAGAUGAGCUGUGUUGCUCGCUGGCCCUCGUUUCUCUCACUCACCUAGAUAUGCGGCUUCGCCCCUCUGACUAUUUAGUUGCUUCAGAUGCAUCUUCUACGGCAGAAGGAGCUGUGGCCACAAAGAUAGGGCAGAAAGCCACAGAGGAACUGCAACGUCAUGCGCUCCAAAAAGGGCUGUGGAAUAGGCUGGUUAGUCCUGCUCAGGCCUACUUGAGAGAAAAAGGGAUCGAGGACCUAGAAGCUUGCGAGUUGCCGGAAGGAGAGUAUGACAUGCAUCCCCUUUGGCAGGAAAUUGUUGAGACUCAGGAGUUUGCGCUUUUUGGUGCAGUGAAAAAGGUGCGCAAACGAAGACACAUCAACCUGGGAGAGAUUUCAGCGGCAUUGCAAGCUGAGGUAGAACAGGGCAAGAAACAGCCAGACAGUUUUUAUUUACAUUUGCAAGACUCUCAAGUCUCUCUUGCUGCUCUCACAAAGGGCAGGUCUUCCUCUCGAUCUGUCAAUGCCUUGAUCAGGCAAUCCAUUCCAGAUGCAAUAGCUUACAACAAUAGAGCUUUUUAUGGAUAUGUCAGAUCUCGUUUGAAUCCUGCUGAUGACCCCACCAGAGACGUUGUCAUCCGCGCACCCGUCAGGACUGAAGCCGAGUGGCUGACUGACCUGAAAGCGGGCGAGUACGAAAAGCUUGAGGCUGCAUUAGCAGAAUGGGAUCUGACCAUCUCCGCUCUUCGCCAGCUGCCUGAUGAAUCCGAACUGCUUGCGCCUGCGCCGGUCGACAAGAGGACGGGCCUAGAGGCCCGAAAGCAGAGGAGAAAAGACCGGCGCAAGCAUGCAGCUGAGGUAAAGGCGAAGGCAGCCGAAGCAGUUCAGCAUGAGGUGGAAGAGCGGCAGGCCUGCAGUUUGAGUGAGGAGGCUCUUGCGCUUCUUCGUAGUUUUCCUGAAGAUCAGUUUAUUUGGCACCAGAAGUUUGCGUCGCUUGAGGACGCUCUGCAAAGUGGCGCAGGAGUGCUAGAUUUGUUUUCAGGGUCUAGAGGUUUUGCUCGCGCUUGCGCGAAGAUGGCAGAGACUUGGGUCCUCACCUUUGACAUUGCCCACAACGUCAAUGAGGACUUGCUGCAGGGUCCCCUCCAAAGUAAGAUCACUAAGUUACUCAGACUUAAAGCCUUCCGAGCCAUGGGAGCGGCGCCCGUUUGCUGCUCAUUUAGCACUGCUAUCACGCCUCCGUGUCGCUCGAAGCAGCACCCGGAUGGUGUGCCUUGGUGUUCAGAGAAGCAGAAAGUGAAGAACGAGCUGGGAAACGAGAUGCUGCGCUUUGUGCUUAGCCUGAUUCCGAUCUGCUUGGCGUUUGGUGUAAUUUUCUUUGUAGAAAACCCAGAUGGUUCAUGGAUGUGGCGCCAGAGAGGAAGUUUAGCUUGGGAUCCUGUUUUGGGUACGGGAAAAAUAGGCGAUCUUCGCCUUGACUACUGCCGCUUCGGGACCCGCUGGAGGAAGCGGACUCGGUUCCGUACGAACUCACACCUGAAAGGGCAAAGAGUGUUUUGCCGGUGCAAUAAGCCGCACAUACAGUUGCGGGGAAAGUGCAAGCAUACUGGUGUCAACUUCACUAAGUUGGCUGAGCCGUAUCCAAGACAAGUGUGUUUUGCUCUGGCUUCUGGUUUGCUGCGCGAUGCAGGUUUCCUUGGCAAAUGCGGGAAAGUUGAUGUAGCUGCAUGUGCAAAGGUCACACAUGCUCGGAUUGGCGAAGCUUCCAAUCCGGGACCUCGCCGUGGCGUUCCAGAUCGAGCCCCGGAAGAUUUGGCGCGGGCGGAGCUGCUUGAACCCGCCACUAUUGCGGUUCGGCACCGCAUGCUGACUCAGUUUUUCGACUGGUUUGACUCCAAUUGUGGCGGAGCCUGCUUCGUGGAAUGGUCAGCUCGAGUGCCCGGGCUUGCAGUCUCAGCCCUGGUCGCUUUUGGCCAUCACUGUUUUGCAGCUAGCGUGCCCUUGCACUACUAUAGGCAGCUUUUAGCGCAUUUUCAGAAGAUUCACUUGCAACUGCGACCAUUUAUGGCCAUUGCCUGGCAGCUCGUGACCAAAUGGGAGCUGCUUGAACCGGUACAACAUAGACCGCCACUGCCUGAGCCUUUGUUACAAGCUAUGACUACUUUGGGCAUUGCUUGGAAGUGGGACCGCUGGGCAGCUGCGCUCUUGGGGUGUUUUUAUGCAAUCUGCAGAAUAGGAGAGUUUCUAUCUGCUCGAAGGAAAGACAUUUUGACGCCGCAUGAUCUCCUUUGUGAAGACGAUGUCAUUUAUGUUCGCAUUUUACUUCCCAAGACCAGGCGCCGUGGAGCUUCCACGCAGUAUGCCACUAUUAGCGAGCCUUCUGUAGUUCGUUUUCUGGUUUCAGUUUGGCAGGAACUGCAGCCCAAUGAUUUGCUCUAUGGUGGUUCGCCUUCUGCUUUUAGGCGCCGUUGGGAUGCGACUUUGACAAAGAUAGGAGUGGGCCCUCAGCAUCGACUCACCCCGGGUUCCCUUAGAGGAGGGGGAGCGGUGUCUUGCCACCGACGAGGCAUGCCCAUAGCAGAUUUACUUUGGAGGAUGAGACUGCAAAACGUCAAAACGCUUUCUUUUCAUUUGCAAGAAACGACAGCCAUGUCAAUUCUUCCAGCUUUGCAACCUUCUGUCAGACAACGUGUGCAGUUACUUAGGGACUUGUUGCCGUUGUUUUUAGCCCAACGAGGCCCCGCAGCGCACAGCCGUGCACCUAAGUUUUCAACUUAA